GAUAGUGAGAAGAAGAAUAGUUGACAGGCAUAAAAACAAUUGAAGAAAAUAGUAAAUAAUUAUAUUCAGUAGUGUCUAUCAAAAUGCCGCUUCCGCUGCAAUAUAAUUUAUAUCAAAGUUCUGUGGAACCCAUGCAAGUUGAUGCUCCAACAGAGGACAAUGACAAUAAUGAAGAAGAAACCUACACUGUGGAAAAUCCCUCCCUAGAUUUAGAUGUUUACUCAAAUAGCUACACUGGUUUGGCAAAAUUAUAUCGCUUAAUAUACAUAGUCAAUCACUGCCCCAGCUUACGUUUGGAAGCUCUGAAGAUGGCCAUUACCUAUGUGAUGACAACUUACAAUGUUAAUCUGUAUCAGAUGCUUCAUCAAAAACUAUCAGAAAUAACAUCAAGUGCAGGUUUGCCUGAUAUUGCAGUGCAGCCGGGCUCCUCACAGGAUGUUCCUGCAAUAGAUGGAAGCUGGAUGGAAUCCAGAUCCAAAAAGGCAGCUAUGAAACUUGAAAAGCUUGAUACAGAUUUGAAGAACUACAAAUCGAAUUCUAUUAAAGAGAGCAUCAGGAGAGGCCAUGAUGAUUUAGGUGACCAUUAUCUAGACUGUGGUGACCUAUCCAAUGCAUUAAAAUGUUAUUCAAGAGCCAGGGAUUACUGCACCAGUGGCAAGCAUGUUGUAAACAUGUGCAUGAAUGUCAUUAAAGUUUCGGUGUAUCUCCAGAACUGGUCACAUGUUCUUAGCUAUGUAUCCAAAGCUGAAAGUACACCGGAUUUUACUGAAAUGCAAACGAAAGAUUCAAAUCAGCACAUAGUUACAAAAUUGAAAUGCGCUGCUGGUCUGGCCGAUCUCGCCACAAAGAAAUAUAAAUCAGCUGCUAAGAAUUUCUUGCUUGCCAAUUUGGAUCAUUGCGAUUUUCCUGAACUAAUCUCGCCGAAUAAUGUGGCAAUGUAUGGAGGUCUCUGUGCUUUAGCUACCUUUGAUAGACAUGAGUUGCAGAAGAAUGUUAUCUUUAGCAGCUCAUUUAAACUUUUCUUAGAACUAGAGCCACAAUUGAGGGACAUCAUAUUGAAAUUCUAUGAAUCAAAAUAUGCUUCUUGUCUGAAACUUUUGGAAGAGAUCAAAGAUAAUUUGCUACUGGACAUGUAUAUUGCUGCACAUGUUAACACACUUUACAUGCAGAUCAGAAAUAGGGCCUUGAUUCAAUAUUUCAGUCCCUAUUUAUCAGCAGAUAUGCGAAAAAUGGCAACAGCUUUCAACAGGACUGUAAAUGCUUUGGAAGAUGAACUCAUGCAGUUGAUUUUAGAAGGACAGAUACAAGCAAGAAUUGAUUCACACAACAAGAUUUUGUUUGCUAAAGAUGUAGAUCAGAGGAGCACAACAUUUGAGAAAACUUUGCAGAUGGGUAAGGAGUAUCAAAGAAGGACUAGAAUGCUUAUCUUAAGAGCUGCUGUACUGAAAAAUAAAAUUCAUGUAAAGAGUCCACAAAGGGAGACUUCAGGUCAAAGUGGAGAAAUUACUGUUGCUCCAGGAACAAGCUCUGUAGCUAGGAAUUAAGUGUAUGUUCAUAAUUAUAAAGUAUAUAAUAAAAGCUUCUGUAAUUUAUAA